UCAAAAAGUCGCGUCAAGCCGGGUAGUCAUGGCGGCGCCCGUACAGUGUUGGAGGUGGCUGUCCUCUGGCACCUCAGUGGCCGUCGCAGCGCUUGUCAGCCGCAUGAUUGACAGAGCUUGUCGCAUGAGGGAGCGCAGCAGCAGCAGGUCCUCGUGGUUGCUCUUGGCUCCUUUGUUGGGAGAGAUGCGACACUUGCCCUCUAUGUCUCCGCCACAUAAACCCAUAUCCGUCAGCCAUCCGAGUAUCCGGGAGCAUUUCAGCUGGAUCUCCGAGGAGCUGCCUGCUUUCAAUAUUUCGGGGAGCCAGGUCUGCGUUCUCCACUCGCCUGCCGAGUUCUACCAGGUCAUGAAGGAUUCUGUCAAGUUGGCUAAAAGAAGAAUUGUGAUGGCUUCUCUUUAUUUGGGGACAGGCCCGCUGGAACAGGAGCUAGUAGAUAGUAUUCAAGCAGUUCUUGAAGAAAGUAACUCUUCUGGCCUCCAGGUGUCUAUUCUUCUAGAUUACACUAGAGGAUCCAGAGGAAAGAUCAACUCUAGGACAAUAUUGCUUCCUUUACUAAAGAAAUUCCCACGCCAGCUACGAGUGUCGCUGUAUCACACUCCUGAUUUACGUGGCCUUCUUAAGCUGCUUGUUCCUGAACGCUUCAAUGAGACCAUCGGCCUGCAGCAUAUUAAAGUCUAUCUUUUUGACGAUAGCCUCAUCAUCAGUGGAGCAAAUCUCAGCGACUCGUAUUUCACCAACCGACAAGACCGUUACAUUAUGCUAAGAGACUGCAAAGAGAUAGCUGAUUUCUUUGCGGAGCUGAUUGAAGCUAUUGGUGAUGUGUCUAUGCAGCUUCAACCUGACGACACCGUGUGCAUCCAGGAAGGUGCAGUGCAUCCGUUCAGAGGGAACAGGAAGGAAUUUUGUCAAGCAGCUAACAGAAGAAUAAUGGAGGUUGUAAACACUGCCCGUGCCUUGAAGUCUAAUAAAACUGCUGUGGAGAAUAAGAGUUUAAGAGAGAGCGUGGAGAAUGACCAGUUGGACACUUGGGUUUUCCCUUUAAUACAAAUGAAACCAUUUGGAAUCCGUCUUGAUGAGCGGGUCACAAAAAGGCUGCUGGUGGAGGCUGCAGAUGAUUCUCGUGUCUACCUCACCUCGGGCUACUUUAACCUGACCCAUGCCUACCUGGACCUAGUUCUUGGCACAAGGGCAGACUACCAUAUCUUAAUGGCAUCUCCUGAGGUCAAUGGCUUCUUCGGUGCCAAAGGAGUCGCUGGUGCUAUCCCAGCUGCCUAUGUUCACAUCGCAAAGCAGUUUUACGACCGAGUGUGCCAGCAAGGUCAGCAAAACAGGAUUCAGCUACUUGAGUAUUUUCGUAGUAACUGGACAUUCCACGCCAAAGGUCUCUGGUAUUAUUUGAAGGAAACUGACCGGCCCUGCCUCACUUUGAUUGGCUCUCCCAACUUUGGCUAUCGUUCUGUCCACCGAGAUCUGGAAGCUCAGGUUGCCAUAGUUACUGCAAACCAGUCUCUCCAGGCUAAGCUACAGCAGGAGCAGGAGCUGCUUUAUGAAAGAGCAACUGCAGUGUCGGCCUCCACCUUUGAGCGCCCAAACCGCUAUGUCAAACUGUGGGUGAAGCUUGUGACGCCCCUCAUCAAGAAUUUCUUUUAGCUCUUCAGUGAAGGGUCGCAUUCUCGGCUGAGCCCGACAGUUUGCACACUGAUGAAGAACAAGUGACGAUCAAUCUGGAAUGACCUGUGAAUGACUGCUUCAGCGCCGAGGCUCAGGUACUACAACUUUGCAGCAGUAGCCCGUGUCACUUUUUUCAAAGUGUCAUUCAUUUGCAAAGCCAGCUAUUAAAACAUUAGAAAUUUGAAAAGCAGCAAGUAAAAACAACUUAAGACCUUUCCCUGGCUCUCCGACAAGUGCAGAUGCAGUUCAUCCUCAGAGCCCUCGGUCCAAGAAGAUGAACAAGUAGAAGAAGCGACAAGUCGAAAAAGAGACGAUGUUAACGGCCGGACAGAUUUCAGCUUGACUGUUUUUUUUUUCCCUGUAAGAUGUGAUUGAAUCUUCUUGCCUUUGAUUGUGAAUGUGUGUUGUACAGUGCUAUGUAAAUAAUGGACAAAACAAUGGAUGUACACUUUAACACUGCUUUGUCCUCUGCUGUGUUUUAAAACCACAACGUUCAAUAACUUCUCCUGUUAUUAUUAAAUAGUUGAAAAUGUGACAUUUUAUUAAACAUAUUAAAAUAUU